AAAGAGGACGGCACUGUGAACCGGGACUUCAAGAAGACACGGACAAAGGAACAAGUCACGGAAGCCUUCAGGGAGUUCACCAGAGGAAACCGCAACAUUUUGAACAGUUACCUUAACCGGUUGAAGGGUAUCCGUGCUACCCUGGAGACAUCCCCGUUCUUCAAGUGCCAUGAGGUAAUCGGGAGCUCCCUCCUCUUCAUUCAUGACAAAAAGGAACAGGCCAAAGUCUGGAUGAUUGACUUCGGGAAAACCACCCCGCUGCCGGAGGGACAAGUUCUCCAGCACAACGUGCCCUGGGUGGAAGGGAACAGAGAGGAUGGCUACCUCUGGGGGCUGGACAACCUCAUUCAGAUCCUGACAGAGUUGUCCCAGCGUGAAGACUUGCAUUAACGCCGCACGUCCGACUCUGCCACUACCCCCAACCUGCCCCCAACUGACUCUUCUGAACUGCACUACAAGACACUUUCCAGCCCUCGCCCUUCCCAUUUGAAAGCUAUAUUCUCCCUA